UCACGGCACCGGUUGCGGCGUGUGGCUGUUGGCGGGGUUGGGAGGGCGGGGAUGUCUGUUAAGGCGCGUGUCGAUCUUGGCCUUCGCGCCUUUUACCCUCCCUCCGUCCCACACCCUCCGCCAUGCCCUCUCCUCCCGCUGGCGCAGCUCGUCCUGGCUGGGGAUGCCGCCCUUGCCCGUGGCUACCCAGGGCUGGCGGCGCUCCCCUUUGGGAGGGGUGGGGGCGGAGUCGAGGGACUUAAGUUGCGCGGCCUUUGGUGGCGGCGCGAGGGGCAGGGUGUGGAGGGUGGUGGUGGCACUGGCCUGGUGUUUGGGCAUCCACAGGUCAUCGAUGUGCUCAAUGGCCUGGAUGCAAUGCAGACGAAACCCCGACGCUCUACCCUCCUUGUUUGUAUGUGCUUGGGCGUGUGCAUGUGGAGUGAGGCAAGCCUGCACCCGCUCACCGGCUCGGUGUGGUAAAUGCCACGCUUCAGCCGUCGCACCAGGUCUGCAGCCUCUUUAGUCUGCAAUACAAGUCGAACAAAUCAGACAAACCAACCACACACCCAACAAUGUCGUGUGUGUGUGUGUGUGUGUGUUGGGGAGGGGGGCGGACCUGCGUCUCCGGCGACACCUGCAGCCGGCGCAGGCUGCUCUCGAGCUCCGCCAGCUUAGUGGCCACACACACACCGCCGCCCCCCACCCCCACAGCCCCGGUCGAGCCGCCCGCCGCCGGAGCACCGCCCCCCUUCUGCAGCCGCAGCUGGGCCGCAGCAGCCCGCAUCAGGCGGGCCUCCUCAGCGGCCUCACGCUGCUCGCGGAGGGGCGACACGUCCUCAUGGCCUGCACACAAGACAAAGAGGGAGGAGCGGAUGAGAUGAAGGCACGCUCAUAUUGCAGGGCGGUGGCUGCGUCCCGCGCCUACCGACCAAGGAGCGGCGAAUGUGGUCCUUCUGCUCCUUGCUCACGCCAGCGUCGAUGAUCAGGCGCAGCUGGUCCCCCUUGGCCUUCAUGCUGGCCCCGCUGCUCAGGAUGGUGAUGAUCUCCUCAGAGAUGUCGGCGUCCUUCUGCCCCUCCAACCUAACCUUAUUGGCUGCAGACAGAACACGACAGAAAGCAUCCAUGCAUCUUGGCAACCACCACCUGGCCGUCCUCUAUCGUGUGCUCACCGUCCCGCCCCUUCUUGCCCGUCUUGCUCUUUUUGUACUUGCUCAUCUCCUUGUGGUGCGGGCCGUCUGCAAACGGCCUGCCGGGCCGCCAGCCGUCGCGCCCCGACAU